AUGUCCAGGAGGAAGCUGAAGAAGAAAGCGGCUGCAAUGCCAAACCUUCCAGAAGAGAUUCAGCUAGAAAUCUUUGCAAGAUUACCAGUGAAAUCUCUUUCACGAUUUUUAUGCGUAAGCAAAUCUUUGUCUACUGUAAUUGCUAGCAGUGAAUUUACAAAUAUGCAUCUUAAUAACAUGAAAAGCAACCCUAGCAUUCUUUAUCAUUCGUCCAUGGAAAAGAUUUGCUCCAUAGAUUAUAAGUCAAUAUCAUCGUUAUUCCCGUUAUCAAAAUCAUCAUCAGUGCACCACUACAGUAAAUUUACUAAUCAGAUGCGUUACCCUUCCAUACCUGUACGUUAUCUAUUUGAGUCUUUGUGCUCAUGUGAUGGUUGGCUUUGCAUCCGUACUAACGUUCAAAAUGAAAGACGCAUAUGUUUUUGGAAUCCAUUAACCAAUGAGCAGAAGAGAAUACCGGGAAGUGAUAUACAGUAUGAUAAUACGAGAGUCGGAGUCGCAUAUGGGCUUGGAUAUGAUUGCAAAAUUGGCAAUUACAAACUGGCAAGGAUUGUUAGUUCGGAUAUUCCUUUUGGACAGCGACAUUCUAAAGUUGAUGUUUAUACAUUAGGUUCAAAUGAAUGGAAAUCAAUUCAUCAGAACAUACCUUAUUACGAGUUUACAGUUUCCGAAGCAAAUGAGGGAGUGCACCUUAAUGGAGCUAUCCAUUGGCUUGCGCGUACCAUUGGUGAACAAUUUCGAAGCUCCAAAGUUCUGGUCUCUUUUGAUAUUAGCAAUGAGAUACUCAAGGAGGUGGCAUUACCCGAAGAAUCUAUUCCAGAUCGACGAUCAACUUAUAAGUACAAUCAGUGGUGCCAACUUGAUGUGGAAGUGUUGGGAGGGUGUCUUUGUCUAAUUUCCCAUGUUUCACGUGUCCGAGUUGAUGUAUGGGUGAUGAUGUUAGUUAUAGAAGACUAA